AUGGCCCUGCCACCAGCCACGUACGCGUCGGUAGCAUCCUCCUCCUUUGUCAUUCAGGCGGGGCACACAUCAACCAUAGGCGUGAAGCGAGGAGCUUCGCCCUCCUUUGACGCUUCUAAUAGCGACGGCAGCAGGAAGAGACUUAGGGAGGACUCAGAUGCAGGAUAUGCCUCUACCUCAUCAGCGGCGAACAUCACGAAUUAUCAGGCUCUCGCCGAGGACAUCAUUCAGGAGCUACAGUGCGGAUGUUGCUCUGAGCUGGUUUACAGGCCCGUCGUAGUUUCUCCGUGUCAGCACUUCUUCUGUGGAAGCUGUGUUUUCCUCUGGAUCAAGAAUGGUGGCACUAGCUGUCCCGCAUGUCGUGCACAAGCCUCUCUUGUUACUCCAUCACGACCACUGCAGUCGCUUGUGGACAUCAUCUUGCGCGCAGACCCCUCUCGCACGCGCGCUGAAGGGGAACGCAGGCAAGCUGACGAGGUUUACAAGCAGGGGUCAAUUAUGAGGAUACCUACUCCUAGAGAACCAUCGCCUGAACCCAACCUUAACCCGAACUUGGACUACGUUCGCCCCUGCCCACACUGCAGUCCGAACAAUCAGUUUGGCUGGUCGUGCCCUGAACCGGUAGUAGACUAUGCUGUCGAUGCUGAGCACGCCUGGCAUCUGGAUGACGGCUCUCCCCCUGGCCAUGCAUAUUGCGGGAACUGCGAAAACCUUCUUGCUCUUUUGGCACCCAGUACUACGAAAUGCGAUUUCUGUCAAGUCUCCUUCUGCGGAGUCAACGUCCCGGAUCGCUGCAUUGCUGCACCUUUGCUUGCACAACGUCCUCACAGCAUGAACGAUAUAGGCGACCUAAUUUUAUCAGCUGACAUGUAUGAUAACUUCAACGGCAACAACGUCGAAGUUGACAUUAUGAUCGAUUACUUGACCAACAACCACAUUAGUCCGAGGCGUAUCUAUCACGAAAUCAUUAUACACCUUCAGUCGCAGCCUGGUAGCUUUAAGAUCAUGAUAGACAGUGGCCUCUUCCUAGACGUUCAUUCUGUGGCUCCAGGCAGAGACGAAGAUCCUGAUGCCACACGUUCCAAGAUAUGUCGACUUUGCGCGGCAGAAAUCCUGAUACAAGGGAUGAAAGAUUGGUGGAUAAGAGAGCGGGAGAAGGGCGCUCUGGAUCCGGACGUCGCGAGACGUCCGGAUUGCGCAGAAGGAAGCUCGUGUCCUAAACAAAGAGAUUUAGGUCCGCAUGGUUCAGUUUCCCCACCUUCGCUACUGACAGUAAACUACUCCAGUUCAUACGAAGCAGUGUACGUUUCAGCAUGGACGUCAUACUGUCGCUUUCAUUGA